AUGGCUAGGAAGUGCUCUAGCUGUGGGAACAAUGGCCACAACUCGAGGACCUGCAGUGGGCAUGGCAGGACGAUGACGGUCUUCGAGAACGGCGGCGGGGGCGGGGGCGGCGUGAGGCUGUUCGGGGUGCAGCUGCACGUGGGGUCCUCGCCCAUGGCCAUGAAGAAGUGCUUCAGCAUGGAGUGCCUGUCGUCAUCGACGUCGUCGUCCGCCGUGGCGCCGGCGUACUACGCGGCCGCCGCCGCUCUCGCCGCCACCAACAAUAACUCGCCGUCGGCGUCGUCCUCGUCGUCGCUCGUCUCGGUGGAGGAGGCCCGCGAGAAGAUGGCCAACGGGUACCUCUCCGACGGGCUCAUGGGCAGGGCGCAGGAGAGGAAGAAGGGCGUUCCAUGGACGGAGGACGAGCACCGUCGAUUCCUGGCUGGCCUUGAGAAGCUCGGGAAGGGCGACUGGCGAGGCAUCUCCCGGCACUUCGUGACGACGCGGACCCCGACGCAGGUGGCCAGCCACGCCCAGAAGUACUUCCUCCGGCAGAGCAGCCUGAUGCACAAGAAGCGCCGGUCCAGCCUCUUCGACGUGGUGGAGAACGCCGACAGGGCGGCGACGAGCACCAUUAAGGACAGGGAGCAGCGCCUGAGGCUCAAGGACGCGAUCGCGACUACCGCCUCUGCAGCAGCGCCCGGAACGACGACGACGCCAGAGCUCCCGGCGCUGUCGCUCGGCAUCAGCCGGCCAGCGAGGAGGCCUGACCACGUCGCGCUGCCACCAACCAGCCUGUCGCUGCAGCUGCCGCGGUGCUCGGCGGCAAUGGGCAGCGCGUCGCCGAGCCUGGCCCUGGCGGCGCCGAAACACAAACAACCUUCGUCGACCCUGACGGCGGCGGCAAAGGCUAGUAGUAGCCAGGCGCUGCCGGACCUGGAGCUGAAGAUCUCGACCGCCCGCCAGAGCGACGUCCACCAGGUCCAGACGGGGUCGUCGCCGCCGCCGCCACCGAGGACGCCCUUUCUGGGCACCAUCAGGGUCAUAUAA